AUGGCCUCCAGUUUAUCAACACUUUCAAAAAAUUUAAUUACACCAGGAUUUGAAAAGUUUAGAGACAGUGCAAAACAUUUUUCUACACAAGAUUUACCACUUGUUACUCGUAAGGGGGUAUACCCGUAUGACUACACAGAUGAUUGGGAUAAGCUUGAAGAAACCAGUUUACCGGCGAAAAAAUAUUUUUACAGUACAUUGGACGAAUCACAUAUAAAACAUGAGGAUUUUGAGCAUGCAAAUACAGUUUGGAAUCAUUUCAACCGUCAAACACUCGGGGAAUACUCUGAUCUUUAUUUAAAAAUCGACGUGCUGCUGCUAAUUUAUGUGUUUGAAAAUUUCCGAGGUCUCUGUAUAAGAACUUACCAUCUGGACCCAUCAUUUUACUACACAGCACCGGGAUUUAGUUUUGACUGUAUGCUGAAAUACACGGGUCAACAACUUGAACUGAUUUCGGAUUAUGAUAUUUUGUUAAUGUUCAAGAAAGGAAUUCGUGGCGGCUUGACCCAGGCGAGCAUGAGAUAUGCAAAGGCGAAUAAUGAAAAGACACCAGAUUAUGAUCCAACACAACCAAAAUCAUGGCUUGUUUAUCAGGAUUGUAACAACUUGUACGGUUACGCAAUGUCACAAUUCAUGCCAUACGGAGGAUUUAAGUGGGUUGAGCCGAAACUAGAGGGGUUAAAUGAUUUAAACGAUAGAUCACCAAUCGGGUGGAUGUAUGAAGUCGAUAUAUCAUAUCCAAAAGAACUUCACGACAAGCAUAAUGAUCUGCAAUUCCUACCGAAAAAUAGUAUUCCACCUGGUUCAAAAGUUGAUAAACUUAUGGCGACUUUAGAAUCAAAGAAAAACUAUGUGAUUCAUUAUUGGAACCUGCAGCAGGCUAUAGCCAACGGACUCGUUGUGGAAAAAGUUCACAGAGUUGUGCAGUUUAAUCAGUCGUACUGGCUUAAAAAAUACAUAGAAUUAAACACUGAGAUGCGGAAAAAAACGAGGAACGACUUUGAAAAGGAUUUCUUCAAACUCUUAAACAAUGCCGUUUUUAGGAAAACCAUGAAAUGUUUAAGGAAACGUUUUAAGAUGGAGCUUGUUUGUAGUGAAAAACGUUUGCAAAAACUUAUAAAUCUUACUACAUUCAAACACUGUACUACGUAUGACGAAACCCUCAACGCUGUCUCAUUAGAAAACAAAAUUAUCAUGUUUAACAAGCCAAUAUAUAUAGGUUUUGCAGUGUUGGAAAUUUCUAAGACCGUCAUGUAUGAUUAUCAUUAUAACGUUAUGCAGGCUCAUUAUAGGGAUAAAAUUGAGCUCAUGUAUACUGAUACAGAUUCACUGGUAUACUAUAUUCAAACCGAUGAUUUUUACAAAGACCUGGAGAAUAAUUCCAAUUUACUCGAUCGAAUGGAUACAUCACACUUACCACAUGAUCAUCCAUGUUACAUUGCUGAGCGAAAGAAAAUCCCUGGUUUGUUUUCCGAUGAAACAAAUUCAGAGGUUAUGACGCAUUUUUGUGGGCUCAGAGCAAAUUCUUAUUCAUAUAAGAUCAAUGGCAAGGAGAAGAUCAGGGCGAAAGGAAUCCGCGGGCAUGUAGUCAGAAACCAUAUGAUAUUCAACGAUCAUUAUCGCUGUCUGUUUUGUGAUACAACUUUGGAUGUGAUGACGGAGAAUGUCUCUAUCCGGUCGUUCAAACAUCGAUUGAAGACUAUUAAAUCAACCAAAUUAACUUAUAAUAGUUUCGAUGACAAGAGGGUUAUACUUUUGGAUCAAAUACAUACCUUGGCUCACGGUCACUACUCUAUAGAGGACACCAGAACACUAGAGCAAGCAGAAGCCGAAUUAAUACAACUUCCGGAAGCCGAGCUAGACAGAUAG